GAACGACACGAUGCCGCAACAAGAAAACAGGUACCUGAGCGCGGGAAAGGCGCUCUCCAUUGUCGGUUGCCCCUUCUCCGGUGGCCAGAAGCGCGCCGGUGUCGAUUCGGGCCCAAACUCGCUCGUCGAUGCAGGCCUGAUCCAGCAGCUCGAGGAUCUCGGCUGGAACGUCGACUUUGGUGGGCACCAGCAGUUUGAGGAGGUCAACAAGCUCCUCAGGGAUGGCGACCCAGACAUUGGCAACAUGAAGAACCCCAGGACCGUGUCCGAGGUCACGAGGCAGGUUGCCGAGACGGUCAGCGCAUAUGCGAAAAAGGGCCGGCUCCCACUCACGCUCGGAGGUGACCACAGUCUGGCCCUCGGGACAGUCUCGGGCUCGCUGCGUGCACACCCCGACGCGGCCUUGAUCUGGAUCGACGCGCACGCCGACAUCAACACGCCUGCGACGACGCCCUCGGGCAAUCUGCAUGGCUGCCCCGUCUCGUUCCUCCUCGGCCUGCCAGGCACUGACGUGGAGCCAUUCAAGAGCUGGCUGCCUGCCUCACCGCUCCUCAAGUCCGACUCGCUCGUCUACAUUGGCCUGCGCGACAUUGACUCAGGCGAGCGCAAGAUCCUGCGCGAGAACGGCAUCAAGGCAUUCAGCAUGCACGAAGUCGACAAGUACGGCAUCGGAAAGGUUGUCGAGCUGGCACUGGAGCACGUCAACAAGGGCAAGGAAAUCAAGCGGCCCAUCCACCUCAGCUUCGACGUCGAUGCCCUCGACCCCUCGGUGGCUCCCAGCACCGGCACCCCGGUCCGCGGUGGCCUCACCUUCCGCGAGGGCCACUACAUCUGCGAGGCCCUCUACGAGACGGGCUGCCUCGUUGCAAUGGACUUGAUGGAGGUGAACCCGUCGCUGAUGCAGAAGCGUGACGCCGAGCAAACCAUCGCAAUCGGCUGCUCCCUCAUCCGGUCCGCCUUGGGCGAGACGUUGCUGUAGAGACAAUUAUUGUCCUACAAGAUUCUCGCCACGAAAGCAUUAGAAAUACAAGGGACAAUCUCUCUCUCUCUCUCACGACUGAUCUCUCUGUUCGUAUACUGCCGCUGAAUAGAAGUACUGUACAAGUGUAUGUGUGUGUAUAUGUGGU